UUGACGUAGAUCCCCUAAAUUUGUGGCUGUGCCAUUUUGUGUCUCGCUCGCGAUUUUAAAGCCUUGACAUUUUACGGUGCGUCUGUUAAACGCUGCGCAUAAACGCCAACUGUCAAAAACUGCCUGAUUUGAAUUCUUCUCCUCAUUUGAAACCCGACGCCGCUGAUGUUUCGGCGCCCGUGUCCUCCAGUAGGUUGUGCGCUGCGGAGUGAUAUUCCAUUGGAACCGACAAUGUGGAGGCUGUGAAAAUGUCUACUUGGGAAAAGAAAUGAUCGCAGUUUCUCCAAGUGAAAGGAAACAAGAGUACCGCAAGAGUUAUGGUCCGCGUUAAAGACGCGAGGUCGGCUUCGUAACGAAAACAAACAAACAACGGAGGCGAGACAGCGAGGAGCGUUUUAUAUUGUCUUCCCUGCGCUUCAUCAAGCCCGCAGACCGGGACGACGGGAGAAGGAUUCUAUCCCUAACUUUGUUUUCCUCUCUCAUACACUGUCGUAUAUCUCGCUGCUGGAUGCUAUACUGCUGACUCCAGUCUGUUGCUGAGACUGUAAAGGCCCAGUGAACAGCAUCAGAGAAUGGCUGCAGUGGAAAACGACAAGGAGCUGAGCGACUUGCUGGAUUUUAGUGCGAUGUUUGAACUUCCAGUUUCGAAUGGAAAGAAUGGGCCGACGACUCUCGCCAGCAGCCAGUUUGGAGGUCCUGGUGUAGAUGAGAGGAGAGGGUCCAGUCCGUGGGGACCAGCGGAGCAGACUAGUCCAUCUUUCAACCAGGGAAGGGUUUUUGAAGAGGGCCUUUACAGUGAGAGAGAAAGUCUGGCCUCUACCCCGGUAUUUGGACCAGGCAUUGCUGGGAAAGCUGAACGAGGGUCAUACUCGUCAUUUGGGACACAGCCUGGUUUUAUGCCAAGUGAGAUACCCCUGCCCAGUCCUGAUAGCCUCUCUCCGCCUUCUGCCAAGUCCAAUUCCCAGUUUUAUUCAUCCUACGAGAGGAAGAGACCCGCACAGGACCUCAGUGCAAAUCCACAGCCAAAAAAGAUCCGUAAGGUUCCUCCUGGCCUCCCCUCCUCAGUUUACCCCACAGCCACAGGAGAGGAUUUUAAUCGGGACGCCACUUGCUUCCCAGCCUCCAAAGCAGGAAAUGUCUACCAAUCAACGUUCUACAUGCAAGAUUCCCACCCGCCCUCUGAUUCUUGGGGCUCUGCCGGGUCGAUGAUUCAGCCUGGCUAUUCUGCCGUGAUGGGGAACUCCCCCCAUCUGGGCCAGCACAGUCCAUUCACUGCCAUCAACCCUCAAGACAGAAUGAAGCGGCAUCCUCUUCCCCUCUCACCCCAAAACUACCCCCUGCAUGGCAGUGAAGUGAACGGAGCUCAUCCCACCAGCUUCCAUGCAGGCUCCAGCAGCUUCGGAGUCCCCAGCCAAACACCUCCCAUCGCUGGCACUGAAACAAUUAUGGCAAAUCGGGGUGCUGUACCAGGAAGUUCGGGUGAUGAAAUUGGAAAAGCCUUGGCAUCAAUUUAUCCUUCAGACCCCAACAGUAACGCUUUCCCUCCAUCGCCGUCUACUCCCUCCGGUUCACCACAGGCUGUAUCAGGUUCUGCAUCACAGUGGACUCGGUCCUCAGGCCAGGCCACCCCUUCACCUAACUUUGAGGGAGGAAUUCAGUCCAUGCAGAGUAAACUGGAGGACCGUCUGGACGAAGCCAUCAAUGUCCUCCAGCGGCACGCCAGUGGACAGGGAGGGCCAGGACUUGCAGAAAUGCACAGCCUGUUGUCGGCUGGCUUAGGGAUCGCACCGGGCUUCAACAGUGCAGCUCUCGGAUUGGCCAGUCGUCUGCAAGGACUGGUUUCCAGCCACCUUGAGGAUUCAGUUGGUCUGCCCUCUAGUGGAGGACUUUUGCAUCACGGCCCUGCAUCUGCUCAUUCAGGGUCUCAGCCGGAUAGUUUUACGGGCCUGCCUGGAAGUGGGAAUCGUUCUGGUGGCACAUCUAUCAAGCGAGAAGAGAAAGAGGACGAUGAGAAUUGCUCAAUUACAGACAAGUCAGAGGACGACAGAAAAGAUCUGAAGGCUCGUCUUCGAACAAGUAGUCUGGAUGAUGAGGAUGACGAUGAAGAUCUGCCGGUGGAGAUAAAGGCUGAGCGGGAGAAAGCACGGAGCCUCGUCUCUUUGACCGACGAGAACCUGACUGCGGAGGAGAAGGAGCAGAGGGAGCGCGAUCGCCGCCUAGCUAACAAUGCCAGGGAGAGAGUGCGAGUUCGCGACAUAAACGAAGCCUUCAGGGAGCUGGGCAGGAUGUGUCAGGUCCACCUGCAGAGCGACAAGGCCCAGACCAAGCUCGUCAUCCUGCAGCAGGCUGUCCAGGUCAUCCUGAGCCUGGAGAAGCAGGUGCGAGAGCGUAAUUUAAACCCAAAAGCCGCCUGCCUCAAGAGGCGAGAGGAGGAGAAGGUUUCGGGGCUGGAGCACCAGCUGCAGCUGGGCGGGGGUCACCCUUCUCUAGGAGGGGAUGGGCAUAACCCCGUGGGUCACAUGUAAUACUCAGUUCCUGUUGAUUGCCCAGCCCUACGAACGAACACGUGGCCUUAUCGAUCAUUGUCGUCCAUCUCAGUGUGUGAUAAUCAUGCAAACACCUCAUUAUAGGUGGCCACAUUCCUGACGAUGAGAACAAAUACAAGAAGCACACGGGACAGAGUAAACAAAUACAACUUUAUUGACUUUUACGUGAAAGUACUUGGAACUGAACACACUGCUUUUGGAGACAGUGGAUAAUGGACAAAAAAAAUGCUCUUAUGAUAAUGUUUGGGGUUUUUUUAGGACAUUGUCAAAAAUUGCUUUACACAUCGGGAGCAAAACUUGUUUGGAUCAAAAAACACUUUUGGAUCAGUUGCUCUGAGUGAAGUUGAGCUUUUUCUUGUUGAGUAGUUUUUGGCAUUCCCAUCAAAAAGAGGUCUUACAUUCUUCACAAGUUGAGAGGGGUGAUUUAUACACCUGACGAUUGAACAAAAAUCUGUUUAAUCAUGUCUUUAUAGUGUGCAGUGUUUGGUCAUGAUGGCUGAAGUACAGAAAAAUGAAGACACUCUGCCUUGCAAAAGCAUUCAAACCCUAUGAACUUCUUCACAUUUGUCACUUUGGAACCACAUUGUUCACGGUGUUUUGUUCAGAUUUUACCUGAGACUAAAGGAAAUAGAAUUUUUUUCCAAGAAAUAUGCAGAGGUGGGUAGAGUUGCCAAAAAAUUGUUCUCGAGCACAACUUCAAUAUUUUUUUUUUUACUUAAGUUGAAGUAAAAAGUAGUCAACCAAAUUUGGUAAUUUGGUAAAAAGACUAGCUAGGUACUGAGUACUUUAAUAAUAAUAAUGUUAAAUCUAAUUUAAGUUGUGAAAUGAUUUAAUAACCGUACAAAAACAUGUGAUGGAUUUAUUUUGAAUAAUAAAGUUUAAAAAAAAAUUAAGAAAAGUCAGUAUUUCAAAUCUCAGUUUUCCACAACCUUACACUUUUGAAACAAAUGGUUUAUGAUUUAUUACAGCUGGUAAUGCAUGGACCCUUUCAAUAACUUUAUUCGAUUUUUUGUUUUCCAAUAGAUAACUCACAACAGAUACAGACUCAUAUGUUCGAGCCUUUAUUUAUGUUAAUUAAGGUGAUUUUCCACUUACAGCUAAUGAAAACAUGACAUUUUAUACUAGAAUAUUACAUCACAGCAAUAGAAACAAUAACACACACUUAAUAAAUUUUCAUAAUCUGACAAACGAGCCUUAUCGCAACAUACUAUCUAAUUUAUUAAAUAUGACUAUACAUGUUAGACCAGUGAAAAGUACUUCGAGUGACAAUACCAACCUACAUGUGGAGGCUGACUGCUUUGCUAUUUUCCAUUGUAAAUCAGCUAUUUGCACUACUAACAUUGCUAUUCUAUGAAAUCCAAAAACAAUGCCCUGAAGUUUGUGAUUGCUGAGUGACAAAAUGGGGAACAAGUUUAAGGGGACGAAAUACUUUUCCGGGACAUUGUACCUGAUCUGUCAGGAGAAGCUGGCUUCUUUUUCUGUUGCUGUUUCAGGCUCUUUUUCUUAACUUUAUUUCAGUGGCUGAGAAGGUUGCCAGAGUCGCUGACUGUGCAUUGGAACUUUGGGUGACUUUUGUUUUCUUGGCCCAGAACUGCAGAGCCCAGAGUCUUUAAUCUCUUUUAAGUCGUGUACAUCUGUUAAGUCACUGCCAUGCAAGUGGAAUGGAAAGACUGCCAGAGGGAGGCCCACCACAGACGCAAACACACACGGAUGUAGGUCUAGACGUUGGACCCAAGCGUCCUUCGCCUCUUUAAAGCCAGCUGCAUCAUCCUGCAUAUAUUCAUAACCUACACAAUGUCACUGUUACGACAUGGUGAACUCAUUUAAGUCUCAGAGCAGUUUGUGUUGUGAUUAAUAACAUUUUGCUUGCAGACAAUUUGCUAAGUAUUGAAAGGGAUCAUGAGUGUUACUGCUACCUUUAAGACAAUUUUCUCUUUUGCCAUUGACUGACAUGUUUUGGUAGCUCUUGUGUUGAGCGUUGGAUGUUCUCAGCACCACCGCCCCCUUAUUGAACAAUUGUGAGGCCUGUUAUAAGGAUCUUCCUGUUGUAGAGUUCAUACUAUAUCUUUGUUUUUGUAUUUUAUUUUUUACGUUGUAAUAUAGUUGUUUUGUUCGGAAUGCUUUUUCCUUUUUUGUUUAUGUUGUUUUAAUGUAAGACAAGGAAGAUUAGAUUCCAUAAACAAAGUGAGCUUUUUUUCUUUGGUGCCAGGUGCUUGGAGAUGUUAGCAAAGACAAAUUAUCCCGCUGUGACAUCACAUGUUGUGAUAUUGGUCCAUUUUUUAAGUAUACACUUGUUUGAAAUCACUAAACCUUGUUGGCGAGGUGUAAUUUGCAAAUGUUUUUAUUAUUAUUUUUCAUUUUGAACAAGAAAUGACUGAUUUCUUUCUUUUACACACCUCCCUCUUCCCUAACAUUCAGCCUUACAAUUAGCUUGUUGAUUUAUGUGAUGCAGUGGUAGGGAAAAUUCGGUUUCAUUGUGAUAAGAAAUAGAUAAAUAAAAAUAGAUAAUAGAUUUAUCUAUCUUCAAAUAGAUAAAUAAAAAGAAAAAAGGUGGCCUUAGCCUUUUAUUUUCCUGACUUCAGGAGCUUGGAUAGUGGUUACUCACCAGUGCCUCAUUGCGUCCAGGUGGAUGUUGUUACUUUCAAGGUUUUAUAACUUGUAUCUUCUUGCAAUAAAAAUUAAUACUUUAGUAACAUCUGUCACGUGAGGAAUUACACAGUAGUGUGUAAUGAGAUGUUACCUGACUAGUAACUUGAUCUACAACUUUGAAGCUGAAAAUUGUAUCGAAAUCUCUCCUCUUUCACAUUCUCAUGUUGCUAAGAUUUUUGCCUUAGAUCUGGCCUGUGCAUUGAUGUUUAUGUACAGCUGCAAGAUGGACCCAUGUCAACUUUUAUCACUGGAAGCCAACACUGAUAGGGAACAGUAUUUGUCAUAUUAUCACUCAUCCCGCCCUGUGGACGAGCCUCGUUUACUCAAACAUUUCCCAAGGGAAGAAAAAAAAAGACUUUGUUUAAUUUGGAAAAAACACUUUUAAAGAUUUUGUUUUGUCAGUGGCUAUUUCUGCAGUAACCUUGUCUCAAAAUGUACAAUUGAUAUGUUUGUUAACAAACCCUGUCUGUCCUCAGUGAACAAUGACCUGCCACAGAGUUCUGUCUUCUCAUAUUUGGGGACAUUAUCUAUGUAGGCUAUGUCCUCAAAGUGCCUCCAGUUUCCUAUUUUUUAUAUAUAAAGUAGAUAUUGAGAGCUGUUGUGUAUAUAACAGUGAUGUAGCAAUAAAUGUGCCAUUUUUAAUAA